AUGGCUUGCACAGAGGCUCAGAAGGUACAAUUUGGUACUCACAUGUUGUCAGGAGAAGCUGAGGAUUGGUGGGAUAACACACGUCAGAUAUUGGAAGCUAUUGGUACAAAGAUAACUUGGGUUGUGUUUAGAAAAGAAUUCUUGGAGAAUUAUUUCCCCGAGGACGUUCGUGGAAAAAAAGAGAUAGAGUUCCUGGAGCUAAAGCAAGGGAACAUGACUGUGGCAGAGUAUGCUGCGAAGUUUGAGGCGCUAGUGAAGUUUUGCCCCCAUUACAACCGUGCUGAUGCUGAGACUUCUAAAUGUCUCAAGUUUGAGAAUGGGUUAAGACCAGAGAUCAAACAAGGUAUUGGAUACCAACAGAUUCGUAAGUAUGCUGAACUGGUGAAUAAGAGUAGAAUCUAUGAUGAGGAUAGUAGAGCCCGGUCUGCUCACUAUAAGAGUAUUAGUGAAAAGAAAGGGAAUAGAUAA